CUGAGCAGCUCCCUCCGCAGAGAAGUGCAGUGCAAGCGUCAUGGAGGUUACAAAAGACAAACAAACUUUCAUGUGUGAGAUAUGUGACAAACUAUUGUCUUCCUCUGCAUCCAGAAAACGACAUCUGAAAUGCGUCCAUGGGUUAAAGUUGCCCCCUGUGAUAUCAAAUUCAGAUAACAACAAAACAUGUGAUCUCUGUAACAAAACAUUUUCAUCUAAAUUUGCCAAGGAAAGACACACCAGUGAAGUCCAUGACUCAAUGAGAACAGAGUGCAGCAAACCUACAGCUGUUCAGUGCAAGGAAUGUGGAGUAAACUUUUCCAGGUUAAGCAUCUACAGGCAACAUCUCCAACAGUUUCAUAACAUUGAAACUACUACAGCCCAGUAUGAGUUUGCUUCAGAAGAAGAGUUUAUGGCAUGGAAAGAUGCACUGGAAAUGGAGGUUGGAGUAAAUUAUACGUCUCAUACGGGUAACAAGAAAUCAGUUGACAGCACCAAAACCAUAUACUAUUGCCGAAGAUCAGGUGUGCAGAAAUCAUCAAAGAGUACCCACAAGCGUGCUGAAAAAAAGCCAAGGUACCAGUAAAAUGGGAUACUACUGCACAUCAUCUAUUGAGGCAGUGAGGCAGAAUGGAUGUGUCCAGGUCACCUACUACGUGGAGCAUCAUGAGCAUGAUAUAAACUUCCACAGCCUUGUCCACAUGACUCUUCCUGCCAGCGUGAAGGAUAAAAUUGCAGCUGCAUCUAUGUUUGGUGCAUCUUCACUGCGCAUGAUUCUUCGUGGUGUCUCACAUGAACACAUUCUGGAACAAGUGCGAAAAUCUGCUGGAGAGUAGAGCUGCAAUAUUGGAGAGCCAGGAUAUAAAGAACAUUGUUACACAAUUUGGUCUGAAACAAGAACAUAAACGGCAUCCAGAUGACAGUACUAGUGUCCGUUUGAUUGUAACAGAAUAUAGGGAGGCAGGUGAUCUUUUGUAUUUCAAGGAUCAAAAUUCAAUAGACCCUGAGAAUCCUGAAAUAGGUAAAAAAUAAUUUGUACUGGGUUUCAUAAAAGAGGAACAAAGAAGGGUAUUCUCAAAACAACUUGAGAGUGGUCAAGAGCUUCAGAUUUGUAUGGACUCGACCCAUUGUAUUAGCCAGUAUGAAGGUUACCAAUUAACAACAUUGAUGACUGUCACAGAUCUAAACCAGGGUUUUCCUGUGGCCUUUCUUAUUAGCAGUACAGUAAAUGAAGCCAUACUUAAGGUUUUUCUUGGUGAAGUAAAAAAGCGUUUGGGUUCCCUCUGUGCAAAAAUCUUUAUGAGCGAUGAUGAUCCCAUGUUUAGGAAUGCUUGGAAUGCGAUCAUGCAUGGGGAUGUGCCUCAACAGGUUUUAUACCUGAACUGUAGUUGGCACACUGAUCGCACUUUCAGGAGAAAUAUUGGUUCUAAAAUCAAGGCACCUCUCCAUCAGAAGAAAGAGAUUUACCAAAUGGUUAGGGCACUCAUGGAUGAGCCAGAGGAGGAUGAAUUUCAUAAAAAGUGCAAGGGAUUCCUGAUGCAUCUGAGUAAAGCUAAUUAUCAGCAGUUUCUCACUUACUUUAAUGAAAAUUACCUUGAUGAAAACAGGAUAAAACUGUGGCCCAAAUGUUUUAGAAAAGAUGUUACCCUCCAUACCAACAACUUUCUGGAAAGCAUGCACAGGCUACUGAAGUAUGUAUACAUGAAUGGUAAAAAGGUAAAGAGGUUAGACUAUACUCUCUAUGUUUUGGGUAAACUAGUGAAUGAUGUGACUUAUAAAAGAAUGAUAGAUUUAAUGAAAAACAGAACCAGAAGGCAUGAACUAAAUGAAAGACACCGUGACAGCAAGAAUCUUGACGUUGUGGAAGAUGAUGGACAUUUUCUUGUAAGUUCUGCCUCAAUUAAACAGAAGAAAUACACAGUAAUAACACGUGAUCUCUCCUGUAACAUAUGUAGAGAACGCUGUACAUAUUGUAAUGUAUGUCAAUGUAUGUAUAUGUGCACCUGUGAAGACAAUGAUAAAGGUACAAGAAAUAUAUGUAAGCACAUACAUGCUGUUGUUCAACAUAUGGAGGGUAAAACACAAGUAGCAAUGCCUAACUCCCCCUCUGAAGAAAUAGAAUAUAUCCAAGAUAUUGUAUGCAACAAAUUGUCCACGGAUUCACAGCCACAAAACUAUGGAGAACAAUUAAUUAAGUAUAUUCAUUCAAACCUGUUGCCUCAAUGUAAAGAAAUUUCUGACCAAGAAGCAUUUAAAGCUGCAGGUGAUCACAUUCGAAAGGCAGUUGCCAUUUUAAGUGCAGCAAAAAACUUAGCAAGCAGUAAUUGUAUGCUUCCUGUGGAUUUGGCCACCAAAAAAGAGCCAGCCAAUAAACACUGUGAUAAACAACAAAAGCUGUAUUCGACAAAGAGGAAAAGAGUGGACACAGGUCAAGGUUUGACAAAGCCGAGCAAAGAGAUGAGACAAAAGAUAGGAGAAAGGUUAUCUGAUCUAUCUCAGAUGCCUGUUCCUAUGAACUCCCCCCCUGGGGAUAGCCAAUACUGAAGAGUCUCCAUCUAGGUACUCAUCCUAUCCUUGUACUAUUCUCUCCUUGCUUGCCCUAGAUCUCACAUUCUCCUCUCAUUUCUUCAUAUCAGAUCAGAUGGUGUUUCUAUUCUUUGUAGCUUUUCUAUGUCAAUUUUGUUUAUGUUUAUAAUGUUGGAUCCAUAUAAAAUUGCUGGCACGUAAUACCACACUCUUCUAACAUGUUUUACCAAUUGUUAUCUUAUUACAGCUCCUGGCUCUUAUAGGGUAUGUGAGGUUGGCCAUUUUAUCUGCUUAUUGUAUCAACUGUUCUUUAUGUUUGGUAAAGAUAUUUUGGGGCAUUUAUUAAAGUAACACCAAGGUCCAAGGUAUUUAAUAGUAGAUGUUACAUUUAUACCUUCUAUUUGUUGUGGCUGGUCUUGCAUGUUGUAUUUCAUUAUAUUACUUUUAUUUUUGUUGCUUUCGAGCCCACAGCUCCUACUAAUUUCUACUAGACAUUUAAAAUUUUCCUUUGCUUGUUCUAUUGUUUGUGGUAAUUGCAAAACAGUAUCCACAAAAAAAAAAAAAAUGUGGUAAUGUUGAACCUCUCAUUUGGAAAGCCAUUAUUUUUCUGUUCAAGUUCCUGGAUUAUGAAGUACCUACUAUGUUAACAUCUUAAAUCCUGAUCAUCCUUGUCUUAUGCCACUAGAAAUCUGUAUCUUCAUCUUGGUGUUAUCUGGUAGCAUUAUUUUGUUUUGUCAUCAUGUUAGAUAUAUGUUAUUAUGUCAAUUGGGUUGGGUAUUUGUAUUUUUGAGACACUUGUCAAACUAUCUUUUUUGACAGAAUCAGAAGCUUUGUUAAAAUCGAUCGUUGUAACGAUUAAGUGUUUUUUCUUUCAGAAGCUUUCUUUCAUACAAUACUGUAACAUAAUUUGAUUGCCUUCUG